UGACAGUCACUUUCGUGAAAGGUGAAAAAAGAUUAACAGACGAUUUAGCUCCCAAGUGUGAAAAAUCGAAAAAAUAGUGCUAGCUUGUGCGUAAAAAUGCGAAAUCAUCUCGAAAAAGUAGCGUAAAAACUUCUGGUGCAUAAAACUCGUAAAAUCUGUGCUGCAAACAUGAACUGCCACCAGAUUUUGAGUGGAGCCUGUAACGCUGGUGAUCGUUGUUUUGCAGUCGGAUCCGUCGAAGGAGUUCCAUUCACAGCUUACGCUGCGGGAUGCAACAUUGUUAUAUUGGCUAGUAAUUUCGAGCGAGUUCAGAUCAUUCCUGGCGCUGUGCAUAAUUACAUACGUAUUUCGGCUUUGGACUGCAGUACGGAUACAGGAAAGAUAGCAGCCGCGUAUGAGGACAAGGUUUGCAUAUUCGAACCGACACCGUUGAUUCACAACGAUCGGUCGUCUACUCAUGGACUAGAGUACAAGUGGGUUCAAACUGGUAGUCUGCAAACCACUUCACACAUCAGCUCACUGUCUUGGAAUCUUGAAGGGACUCGUCUGCUAACUGGAGGGACAGUACUGCAAUUGUGGCACGAGCGAUUGUCCAAGGAUGACGAUGAACCGACAUCUGUUAGAUUCGAAAUUGGUGGUGGCGAUCGGGAUCCGAAAACACCGACGAAUGAAGAAGAAACAGAUGCCACUUGGGAUUGUGUUUGGAAGUGUCACACUGCUACGCCCGUUCAUCACAUGGCGUUCAGUCCAGAUGGAACACUUUUUGCCACCUCCGGUAAAAGCGACCGCCUAGUGAAGGUUUGGUACGAGAAUAAACACAUUUUGUUUCCAAAUAAAAGCUUUGACCAAUCGCAGUCGCAGUCGAGUUUCAACGGAAUACCGGAAGCUAGUUAUGGAUUCGUAUAUGUCGCUCAUCCUCGAGCAGUUACACACCUGUCCUGGCGCAAAACAAGCAAAUAUAUGCCAAAGGGUUCCGUUUCCAACAUGUUGGUGACUUCUUGUCUGGACAAUAUUUGUCGUAUUUGGGUAGAAACAGUUUUGCCUGAUGACGGUUUGGUUAAUAUGAACCAGUUCGAUCCGCUGGCAUCUCAGAAUCCAAAGUUUCGAACUCACAGACAUAAGCAUCGAUUCAUGCAACGGUUGAAGCACAUGAAAACGUGUUUUCAUAUUAGACGCCACGCUAAACAUAACGGUGCUACAGGUUUGAAUGGAAUGGGAGCUGGUUUUGGCGGACCAGGUGCAAGUGCUGGUUUCGGAAAUGCACCCAUCCCGACGUUACCAUCCACAUAUAGUGUACACGAUUUCCAUUCCUAUGGUUAUCAUGGUACUGGUAUGACUCCAGGAUUGCAUUUUCAUUUGGCUGCGUCCAUUAACGCGGAGACCGACAUCCCCUUGGUACCGUCGAUGCACACCAACGAUCCAUCCACACAGCCUAAUUUUAUCCUCCACUGGCUCAACAAUAAAGAGAUGCAUUUUUCUCUGCAAGCAGAAGGUAUAUUACAAGAAAUGACCAGAAAAGUAAUUGAAAAAGAAGACCUUCUGUCGGGUGCAAACAGUGAAGGCCAAUCAGAAGGAUUGCAUGAUGAAGAUCUGGUAAACGAAGAGCAGCGCAAACGGCCAAAAAUGAAACCGACUUACUCUCAGGAAGAAAGUAAUAGCGAUGAGCAUCCUCCGUAUCCAACCCAUCGGUCCCACUCGGUUGGUGGAGCGUCGCAUGCCGGAAUUCCAAGUCAUCAAUCAUUAUCAAAUACGACAUCAAUCAACUCGCUCGUCAAUGACGGCAACAAUAUCCAUGUAACUGAUUCAUUGGAUAUGAAAAUCGAAUGUCUCUUGCGAGACUGGCACCAUAACCCGGAUUUGCUGUAUUCGAUUCACCCAAUCGAUGGAAGCUACUUGAUAUGGGUUGUGGAAUGGUUAGACGAGUACCAUCCCGGAUCAUUCCGACAAGCACAGGUUUCAUUUUCUACCAGGAUUCCCUCAGCUUUUCCAUUGGGUGAUGCAAUGUCGAUGUCCACCACCGUUGCCCUCUACAACACCAGUGGAGCCCUUGGCUUCCGUGAUAUGAUUGUGCGUGGUCCCAAACCGACUAAUGGGAACAGCAGUAUUGCACCCGAUGUUAACAGUGAUAUUGUUACUUCACUUCCCAGUGUAAUGGAAGAAAACGAGGUUAAUGAAGAAGAAAAUGAAAACGGCGAAGACAACAAAGAAACUACUAAAAAGGCCGGAACGGAUGCUGCAAAUAACGACCAUCCAAGUGAGGAGGCUGAUAUUCUUUCCGCUCCUCCAUCCCCAACAAUUUCAAUGGUAACUAAGCAUUCGAAUGGUACGCUCAAUCUAUGGCAACUUACUUUCGCUGAUAAGAGCAAAUUUUCACAAGUAUUGAGCAUUGGUCAUGCCUCCCGUGCAUCUGGACAUCGAUUCAGAGUAAAUGAUAUUACAUGCCAUCCAGUUUUACCACUGUUACUGACGACAUCUCAUCAUAAUAUACCAGACAUCCCCAACACUAACGCAGGGUAUCCGGGCACACAAACUAAAAACGAUUCGGAACCUAAAUUGCACCGUCCAAAAGACGUGUGUACACCCUCUGGAUUUUGUUCCGAGUUAAUCCUAUGGCGCGUGGAUGCAGUUGGUCCAUUGUCACAAUCGGGAGGCGUCAGUGAACUGGCUCGAAUCAAUUCGCCAGAAAUUUCUGCUUUUAGCAAUGUUGCAUGGAUCCCCACAUUGCUACCAAGUACAACUCUGGGUAACUUGAGCAAUUCGCCCUCGGCAUGUUUCGUUGCAAGUGAUGGUGAGAGUCUACGCGUUUAUCAGGCUGUAAUUGAUGCACGAACGCUAUUAGCAGAGAUAUCCAGUUCUGAACGCAGGUUCCGUCGGAUGGAUUCGAUGGAAUCGCUAUCGACAGAGUCUUCAUCGGAUCAACUUCCAGGAACUCAAUCGGCACUUCAUGAUAAAAUAAAAAUAGUCUCACAACAAUCAACGGCCCGACCAGGAUGUAUAAUACAGUUAGAUGCAAUCGACGAUGCCACGCAUGACUGGCAGAAUACCCAACUGCUGCAUGUUUUCCAAGAACAACUAAUUACGGGUGAACGUUCUGAGGAACCACUAAUUAUCGGCGGAGAAAAUAAACACUUUGGCUUGAUGGACGGACAGAUGGGAGCUAUGGUAGAUUUGCAAAGAAAUGCUCAGUUUGAAGAACCAUUCUAUUUGGUCGUGUUAGAACGCACACCGAACGGAACGACGAUUCACAUGUGGCGGAUUGUGAUUGCUUCACAGCCUUCUGCUCCGGAUGAAAUGAGUAGUAGUAUGAUGUAUGUCCCAGAUAGUACUUUGGUACAGGAUCUAGAUGACCCAGAGUACGUUCACCGGGCAUCGAUGGCUGGCAUACAUGUUCCAGAUGAUGCAAAAGUACCGAUAGAUCAAAGUCCACAUGUGAAUAUAUCAACGACUAAAGUCUGUACUCAAGAAUUGCCAUUGCCAGAUGGCGUUGACGUGAUACACGCAGCUCCAGCGGCCGGGCAUCUCAGCUCGUCAUCUAUUUAUCCGGCCUGUUUUGCCCCUUACAUAUUAGUAACGGCUUGUUCGGAUUCAACAGUUCGUUUCUGGAAGUGCAAAGUUACCAAAAGUGCAAAUGAGAAGGAACAGAUCAGUCUUAAUUACGAUUGGUGCGAGUGGGAAAUGAUUCGAAAAGACCAAGAAUCGACGAUCGAUGUUAAUGGACAAUUGCUGCACAUAAGUGCUGCCUACUCAGGUAGAAUUGCAUGCGCAUAUAAGUAUGGAAAAUCUUUCACCAGGCCAACAAAAAGCAGUGACCCAGAGUCACGAUAUGUUAACCUGUGUGUAGCAAUUUACGAAUGCGAAAGUACUGGUGGUAGUGAGUGGGUUCUGGAAGACACUAUUCAUCUGAAGAAUAUACAUUUGCCCAAAAUUCAAGUAGAUCCACAUUUGGAUCUGAGUUAUUUGUACGACAACAGGACCCUACAAAAGAAACAACGCCUAAAUCAAAUGCUUCAGACACUAUCGCACGAUGACAACCGUUCCAGCCGCAACGGGGAUGUUACACCUGAAGUACACGUAAAGUCUGGAUCAAGUUUACUGGCGGUUCCAAGCUUCAGCACUCUUCAAUCACUUAGGAAAAGUAUUACCGAACAUGGCAACACAUGCCCACUGACACAAAAACACUUAGUCCAGCUUGACUGGGUCUCCAAGGAGGAUGGGUCACACAUUCUGACAGUGGCUGUAGGAAGUAAGAUAAUGCUAUUUACACCCGUUUCGAGCGAUAUCGCUCAAUCGAACAUGAAAGCAAUGAAAGAAUCGCAAUCAACGAAUCGUCCAUUACUUCGCAAAGCGAGUUCCUUAGCGCAGCCUCAUUUUAACGAUGAAAUACGGUGGAUGAAGUUGCGUCAAAUCGAGCUACGAACUGCCGAUAGUUUACCUCCUUUGCCGAUGCAAAUUUCCUGGGUGCGCGAUGGUAUAUUUGUUGCAGGAAUGGACUCCGAGAUGCAUGUGUACUCUCAGUGGAAACCACAGCUCAAUACGAUCAAUCACAUGGAAGUUGAAGAUUUGUAUGAUAAUAGAUAUCUGAAAGACGAAGAUCUUCGGUCGCUUGCACAGGAAAAUACGCAAAGGCACUUGACGAAUGUGUCGUCAAUGCCGGUACUAUCACGAGUCAGUUCAAUCAAUCUUCAAAUGUUGUCUAAUGACGGCAAAAGAAAAAAACCCGGCAGCUACAGCACUAGUCAGCUUAACGCUGGCAAUGAACAGCACCUGCCUAUCCACGAUUAUUUAACUGAUUAUGGUUUGUUUGAAGCAUCCCGCAUUGCUUGUCCAGUUUUACCACAGUAUCAUCCGAAACAGUUGAUGGAAUUGCUCAAUUCGGGUAAGAUUCGCUGGGUCAAAGCCAUUUUGGCCCAUUUGGUGCGCUGCAUUAGUGGUUCGUACACAGUGCGUGGCGGUGGUGGUGACGAAGAGAGCCUCAACAGACAGCGUGGUUGGUCUAGAUCUCGCACACUUUCUGUUAGCUGUCCAGCAGGCACUGUUAGUCCUCUCGAAGCGAGAGGAUCUACGACACAGAUUCCAGAGGAAUUAACGUUGGACUAUGCAGAAAUAACAUCCAUUCCACCGUUACCGUUGUGGACACUACUGGCCGCGGAUAAAGAAACAGUUGGCAUAGCUACACAACAAAAUGAGGAAAUAAAGGACUACAACGAGCUAUUCGAGAGCAAUGUGGUCGAUGAGUCAUUGGACGAUUUGCUGGGUGAAGAACCAGACAUCAGUCGCCACACUGAUCGACGUUCUUCCCUACCGGAGAAGCACUAUCUAUCACAUUUUGGACCAAGGCAGGGGCAGUUACUCUCUCGCUUGUUGACCCAUACACAUCUUCCAGGACUUUCUUCGCUGGAUCAGAUGCAUCUGUUGGCUUUGGCAGAUACAGUCUCCACUUGCAACACGGAUUUCGCGGAACGGUUUGCUAUCGAUGCAGCCAAAACUGCGAUUGCAAAAGAAAAUCUCACCGGCGUUCCGAACAAUGAGGAUGUAUCAACAGAUUCGCUGGAUGACUGCGGGCUGAGAUUUUUGCUUGCGAUGAAACACUAUAAUUAUUUGCUUCGUUGUCUGCCAAUGACACAAAGACAAACAUUCCAAAAACAAGGAGUGGGAACGUCUAAUAUAGUAUGGGCGUUCCAUUCUGAAAGUGAAGAAGAAUUGCUGAAUCUAAUUCCAUCCUAUGCCAAGGGACAACCGAAAUGGCAUGUUUUGAAAGAGCUCGGCGUAGGCUGGUGGUUGAGGAACAACAAUCUGCUUCGACAAUGCAUUGAACGUUUGGCGAAGGCUUCGUUUCAGACAAAUCAGGAUCCGUUGGAUGCCGCAUUGUAUUAUAUUGCUAUGAAGAAGAAGUCAGUGGUUUGGGGUUUGUUCAGAUCCAAGAGAGACGAAAAAAUGACUUCGUUCUUUGCGAACAACUUUAGUGAAGAUCGAUGGAGGAAAGCAGCCUUGAAAAAUGCAUUUGCAUUGCUAGGAAAGCAGAGAUUUGAUCACGCCGUCGCAUUCUUUUUGCUUGCCAAUUCGUUGAAUGAUGCUUUAGAAGUUUGUUUGACUAAACUUCAGGAUCUCCAGUUGGCGCUCGUGAUCACCCGUCUGUACGAAGGUGAACAUGAUGCAACACCCCCGAGUUUCAAGAGGCUGCUAUACGAAGAAGUUUUGGGUUGCGACAAAAACGGCGAAAAUCAAGACCUCAACAGAGCGCAUCCUGAUCCAUUUCUGCGAUCGAUGGCUCUGUGGAUUUUAAAAGAUUAUUCCGGCAGCCUAAGUACACUGUUAAACAGUAACAUUGGCUGUAUGCAUCCUCUGUUUGAUGACGAAGGUGCCAUGUUUCACGGAGAGGGAUCACAUGCCACCAAUCCAAAUGUUUUUAAUUUUUAUGUGUAUCUACGGACGCAUCCACUACUUAUUAGACAGCACAUUGCAUCGUCAGCUCAGGAUAAGAAACGAGCUCAGGUGGUUCUGGCCGGCUUCAGUUAUGGUAGCGAAAUAACGUCUGCUACGAAACCAAGUCUUUCUACUGACAAACAGAUUCAACUUGAGGAUUCAAUUACACCGCUCGAACGGCAGUUGUAUUUCACCACAGCACAUGCACACUUUAAAGCAGGAUGUCCAGCAUUAGCUCUAGAUGUUCUAAGUAAACUCCCAUCGAAAGUGAUUGAUCAAGACUCCAACAGUCAGCUACAGAGUCCAAGUGACGUCAAACCGCAAUGCAAUUCCAUAGCUACUGGUAUCCUAGAUUGGAGCAGAAGUAGUCAAGGUGAUUCUGGUAAAGAUACAGCCCAUUCGAUUGAUUGGGGUCCUCCAGCCUCAUCAACUGCUGUCGACUGGAGUACAACAAGUACAGGUGGCUUUGACUGGGGUGCUCCAGUCAUUUCCCAGAUUUCAAAUGGUCCGGACGAGUUUAAACUAGAAUGGGACGAUGAUGAUAAGAAUGAUGAAGACGAAGACGACGAUAGCGAUGAAGGAAUUCAGCUGAAGAAGACGGAACUAGAAGAAACAAGUGCCGUGCAAGAUGAAUCGCAAACCAAUGCUAAAGGAAACUUUGACAUAAUGGCACAACAACUAAAAUUCAUUGCAUGUUUAAAGAUACUAAUGGAAGAACUGUCCACGUUGGCUACUGGGUUUGAAGUAGACGGUGGUCAGCUACGCUACCAAUUGUAUGUCUGGCUGGAACGAGAGGUUGAGGCCCUAAAGCAGCUUUGUAACUACAGUAGCGGCGAUCCGGAUAAUACAGCGAUCGAGGACAACAAUAAUGUCGAUUCAAUAGAUCGUGAUACACCAGUACUAGCCAACAAAUUUCCUCACGAUAAACCAACCCUCCAUGAGAUUUUAAUUCAGGAGAAACAAGAUUUUGAAGCUAAAGUUCAGAGAGCUGCAAGAAGAAAGCGUUGGCUAAAAGCUAAUGAAACCCUUUUGAGAACGUUACUUAGCUACUGUUCUCUUCACGGAGCGAGCGGUGGAGGCCUCGCAUCAGUUCGUAUGGAAUUGGUUCUCUUGCUGCAGGAACUACAGCAGGAAAAGACGCAACAACAACUGCUUAGUCCACUACCAUUCCCAACAACUCUUCCACUGUUGAGUGCAUGUGUAGCUGGUAAUAAGACAGUGAUAGCUGAUCCACUGCGAUAUUUACAAUCCCAUACGCAUGAUAUGCUGCAAACUAUGGUCGACAUGCGAAGUCCUCCACAUGCUCUUCGUACGGCUUUUCCAAGCGGUAUAUUUGUGCUGCGGGAUCUUGGUGUAGCUCUAUCCGCCUGCAUCUAUCAGUCACUGUGUGAUUCAGAAACAUUCAGCGUAAAACAAUCAACCGUAACUGAAGGAUGUCAUAGUCCAGGUAUGGAGACAAUUGCUAAGCUCAAUGCCAGCUGUCAAAGUACCCAUCUAAUGGCUAAUGCCACAGCACACCAGAGACGCAGAAAGUACUCGACCGACGAACCGCUGACUGUGAGCACUCCUCCUUCCAAAUGGCCAGGUGUAACCAAUCUCCGGGCGCUUCUAGCACGCGAAAAAGAUGAAGAUACACCUCGGUUAAACGUACUGCUGUGUGAAUCGUUCGUUGCCACAUAUAUGGCUUUGUUUGUCUACGCGCUGACGACCUGUGAUUGUCACAUACUGUUCCGAUUAGCAGGCCAGAACUUUACUGAUUACACAUGGUCAACGCUGUACGGUGGAGGUGUGAAAAAGCUUCUCCGUAAAGCCACGUCACAUGUACAGGCUGCUCAACAGGUAGUGCAAGCACAGGUCCAACAAGAAAGCCUCGAUAGCCCAGUAGCGGACGGAAGCGUCUGGGGUGCGGUUACUUCACUAACAAAACAACGGGUGAAGCUAAAUAUGAAGCUACUUGGCCAUUUCGGUGGACCGCAAGGUCCAGCUAACAUGAAGGAGGACAAGCCAACAUAUCGCGAGCAGUUCGUUCCGCCCGAGAUGUCAAUGGUGGCGUAUUUUCUCACCAAGCCGGUACCCAAAGGAGACCCCGAAGGAGAUGACUAUGAUUCGGCAGAUUCGGCGGUGUCUGAUUUAGACGACGAAGAAGACGACGAGGAUGUAUUCAACGAUCCGUUGAAUAAUGAUCCAAAAGCGCAUCAAGCAUCAGCGGCCGUUAGAAAGCAUCGCCGAGAAAAUACCGAACACUCCAACCCGAACUCGUACUCUUGGUGCAUCCUGAGGUUAGCUCUCAUACGAGUUGCUCAAAAUCAAUUGCAAACAUUUAUCAACAUAGCGGGAAUUGAAAUGCAAGAGCUACCAGUAUCUAGUCCACUGGUUCAUGCUGUGCUUCGGAUCCUAUCAGCUUGGCAAGAGCUGCUUAAGGAAGAAUUGGAAAAUCGUGGUCCUGCGUCUGUUGAUUACAUUCCAGGCUGUUUUGUUGAAUCUGAAGCAAAAGGCCCCGCCAUCCAUAAGUAUCGUUCGUUGUUGGAAAAAUCGAACACACCAUUUUCCCCAUGUCUUUCAUCUGCUGCACCCUCUCGUCGUUUAUGGAACUUUCUGGUGCGCAACGAGCUGGUGCAGGACAUUUUCAUCCGAGCAGUAUUUGGAAAGAAAAAAUCGCCGCCCAAUCAAACCGACGGAGCACUGGGGUCGAUAACCAACUCAGUUAACGACUCUGGUACACCGAUCGGUAACGAGUCAGCAUCCGCCGCUAUUAAUGGAGGUCACAAUAGCGUUCAAAACAUUCCAGAACCAGUUCGAAUCAUCCACAAAGAUCAAGAACAAAUUUCUGCUUUUUGUUUGAACCUGGUGAAUCCCGGACUUUUGGCUUUAGCUACGCCAAGAGAAGUUCAGGAGAUGGAUAUAUCUCUUCUACUUGAAGCCCCCCAUUGGAUGGAAGAUGAAUGUGAGAUGGACAUCAUGAACCUAACAAGAGACAUCGAAGCGUUACCAUCAAGCAACUUCCUGGUGAUACAAACAACAACUGACAAGCAUCUGAUAAAUUCGAACCUCAAUGCGGCACAAAGCUUUGGAACACCUGCUAGUCCACAACCUGGUAUUGCUGGACAAUCGGGACGUGGAGCUUCAGUGAUUAAAGGAGCAACGUUCCCCGGGAGUCAAUGUCCGCGCUUCUGCAAACUAGUCAUUGAGCGUUCAAAGCACUUGCUGAAACCGGUUCUCAAGCAUAAGGUUGACAACAUCAAGCGCAUGAGUGCGCACCCGCUGAUGCCGCUUUAUCUGACUGGUGGUCAGGAUGGUUCAGUACAGAUGUGGGAAUGGGGUCAUCAGCAGGUAGUCUGUACGCCCCGCCCUCCCGGCACGUUUGCAAAGGUCACCAGAUGUCGCUUCUCGCAGCAUGGCAAUAAAUUCGGCAUCGCUGAUGGAGAUGGAAACCUGAGUUUGUGGCAGGUUGGAUUAGCUAGUCAAAGCAAUAGACCUUUCUUUACCUAUCAAUGCCAUAAUAAGGGAAUAACAGAUUUCGUUUUUCUCGGUUCCUGCAGUCUGGUGGCCACUGCUGGACAUAGUUCAGAGAGCAAAAAUGUUGCCAUAUGGGAUACACUAUUGCCACAAAAGAAAGCGUUAGUUUCGGCUUUUACUUGUCACGAUCAAGGAGCAUCUAGUCUGGCAUAUGCGCCGCAGCAUCAACUUCUAAUAUCGGCAGGCAAGAAAGGCGACGUGUGUAUAUUCGAUGUUCGACAACGUGUUCUGAGACACCGGUUCCAGGCUCAUGAAAAUCCUAUUAAAUGUCUAGCCAUUGAUCCUCAUGAGGAACAUUUUGUUACCGGAUCAGCUGAUGGUGAUAUCAAGGUUUGGGGCUUAACGGUCCAUACGCUGCUAUACAGCUUUAUGGGUGAGCAUGCACGCAGCAGCUUUUUCAAGCACAUCGGCCAGGGUGUGACACAGUUGCAGAUCGAUUCUAGCGGCCGUCUAUUCUCUUGUGGAGCCGACGGUUCUAUGAAAGUUCGACAACUUCCAGACAGGGAGUCAAUCAUUCAUUCGCUGUAUUAAAAAUGCAAUCCACAUUCAACCGUGAUGAUCGAUAGGAUAGAUAUCUGAUAGACGAUACAUGAGUUCAAUAUAAAUACAGGACGUUGGGGAAAAUACCGAGAACAAAAUUAUGUGUUUAAAAUCUAGGAUAUAAAAAGUCCCCUGUAAGUAAGUGUUAUCGUAAUUGUAACCAAUAAUAAAUAUUGAGAGACAAAAUCACAUCUACACGCAACAUCAAGUAUUGAUAGAUUUUACCCUCGAUAGUAUAUAGAAUAUGUUAGGCACAUUAACUAAACUACACAUUUUCAACGUUUAGAUUAUUACCACAAUACAAAUAUACAAAAAAACAAACAUCCUUGAAAGCAAACCUCACAUUUACUCUAUUUCCUUAUAAGUACUACUCAAAAAUCUAACAAUAAAACAUCAACUGAAAUCAGAUAAAUCAUUCUUACCGCAGACAAUACCCAUGUUUAGACGUAUUAUCCUAUUAAAUUGAAAGUAAAUACCAAAAAGAGAUAGUAAGGUGAAGAGGAUAUAACAAUAAUAUAAUCGUACCACAGAAGCAAAGGUUUGUUAGAAUAAAAGUUAGAAUGAAGUGAGACGAGAAAAACGGUAACGAAGAUAAUAGAUAGUCGAAAGAAGAGUCUACCAUUUAAACUAAACAAGAUCACUGAAAGUUUAAAAUGAUAUUAGUAAAAUUGUGGUUUACCUAUUGGAUUUUCUUUAUAAUCACUAAUGUUUGUAUUGUGAGCAAGGUUUUUGACUAUUGUACCAACUGAUUUAUUCUCGUUGAAAACAACCCGUGUGCAUAUUUCUUGUUUUCUCCCGCUUGCCUUCGUCAUGAUAAUCGUUCAUAAUCGCGAUUGAAAUAGGUACACAAAACAAAGCAGAGCGUGUUUAUUGUUAUACUAUUGUUGACUACAAAUCACAGAGAAAAAAUCGAAUAAAAACUAAAAAUCAAAUAAAAGUUGCACCUUAAAAAUGAGUUCGAACUGUAAAACCUUAGCGCAGUGUGCACAAACACACGACUGUGGCCGUUCAGUAAAAAAAGAAGUAAUAAUGUUCUUUACAUAAAAAUCCACCUAUUUACAACAAAUAAUCACUACUGAUAACACGAUAAAUAUAAACAAAUGCGUCGUCUAGGGAAUGAUUAUACGAUAUAUGAAGUAAACAAAGAAUGCAACAAAUGAAAUCUAGGGCAAAUUUUAUUUAUUUAUGAAUAAAUGUUUAUUGUUGAA